AGCCGUGUUUAGCAGCACAAACGGUCCUUCACUUCAACAGGUGUCAUAGUAGCAAGCGCAUGUGACAGCCAGUGACCGGCUUUUGUUUAUAUACGUAUCUGAAUUUCGAAAAAUAUACCAUAGCGCUUGUUGACUUUCUAUCGCUCAACUUUAGUGCAAGAAUGCAUUAAAAAAAGUUUUCGAUUUCUUGAUAGAUCUGUCAAAUAUCGCAUUGUUUUCGAAAAUGUCUGACGAAGUCUUUAUGAAGGAAGAGAGAAAUGCGGAGAUGUACAUAUCUCCUCAAAGAUUCAAUGAUGUGAUUCGGUCGAACGAAAUCCCAGUCAUCAUUCUCGAUUGCCGAUCGGCAACUGAUUUCUAUGAUAGCCACGUAAGAGGUGCUAUGAACGUUACCAUACCUGCAUCUGUCAUCAUGCUCCGAAGACUGGCAAAUGGCAAGAUGAGUAUUUCAAGCAUCAUCCGUGGAGUCGAAAACAGGGAAAGAUUCAACACCCUUUGGAAAACCCACUGGAUCGUCCUCUACGAUAUGAACACCGAAUUGAUGAGAGCCACCGGCCCCUGCGUGAUCAGCACGCUGUUUCGUAGACUGAGACGUGAUGGUUGCCAAGUUGUGUGCUUACAAGGGGGAUUCAUGGCAUUUCAACGCCGUUUCCCUGAAUGGCUUGAGAGCCUGCCGGCCGAUCAAAGAGAUGGAGAUUUGAGCCUGGAUAACCUGAGAAUUGCCCCUGUGGUUGACAAUGAUGGGGAAGAGUUAUUAGACAGUGGAAUGGCAGGUGAGCCUACUCCUAACGAUCCACCAUUUCCAGUGGAAAUUCUGCCGUAUUUGUUCCUCGGAAAUGCUGAAAACUCGACUGACCUGGAGGCUCUGCGACGUCACAAUAUAACAUACAUUUUGAAUGUUACUCCUAACCUCCCCAAUGCUUUCAAGGAUGAGGAGUUCGGCAUCAGAUACAUGCAAAUUCCUGUUCAAGAUCACUGGUCCCAGAAUCUUUCACCAUACUUUCCGAAUGCUAUUGCUUUUAUUGAUCGGGCUCGCCAAAACAACCAGGCCAUUUUGGUGCAUUGCGUGGCAGGCAUCAGCCGCUCCGUUACCAUUACGUUGGCUUAUCUGAUGCAAAAGCUGAGGAUGUCCUUGAAUGAUGCUUUCGAUUUCGUUCGUCAGAGGAAGGGUAAUAUUGCUCCAAAUUUCAACUUCAUCAGUCAACUGAUGAUUUUCGAGCGCCAGCUGAACCUCGGCCCAUCAUACUGCUUGUGCCAAGCUAGUCCGUGUUAUUGUGCGUUCCACUUCCUCCCUUUUACUCAUUCAACCCCAGAUUCUGGGGUCGAUGUUAACCUCUGGUCGUAAGUGAUUUGAGCUUUCUGGAAGCACAGGAAAUUCUUCAAGAAUUUCCAAAGAAAAAUUACCAAAUUGAUUCAUUCCAUCGAUUUCAGUUGUGUGAAUUAGGUGCCAACUAUUUUCAGUGUCAUUAUUCCAAUAAGUGUUGUUGAUAUUCAUUGUUACUUAUGGGAAGAAAAAAAACAACAUUUUCUUUAAAAAGAUUCCUAAAGCUGCUGGUGGGAAUUUUAAUUAUUGUUGUUAUUGAUUUUAUGAAGUAAAAUUAAUGCAUUUUUAAUGAUUUUUACCCACAGCCUGGAUUGUGCCGGCACAAUUCAACGGCUUCAUGCAGCAAGGAAACUGAUUGGAAAAAGUUCUUUGUUUCUUGCAUGAGAUUCCCAUAAGGUCUAUAUAUUUAAUCUAGUCUGUGUACAUUAUCUGUUGAUAUAUAAUAUCUAUAUACAUAUGUAUCGUAUCAUUUGUUAAAUGUCAUUCAAUUGCUUUUUUGGGGGGAUUGAUCUAUUUGUAAAAAAAAUUAAGUCACUCAUUAUAUACCUUAGUACAAAACUUUUACUCAUUUUACACUCCUGCAUGUUUGAAUUAAUUUUUUUAAUGUGCAAUAAUUUUUUUUUAAUUCUUGGCAGCAUGAAACGAAUGCGAUGAAUCGGUAGAUUUUAAAUGGAAUGAAAUAUAGUUAGUUAAUUCAUUUUAAUUUACAUCCAUAUAUUAUAAAAAAAUUAACUCAUAACAGUUUAGCAUUAAAAAUAAUUAUUAUUAUUAAUCUGUUCCUUCCGGAUUUUAUUUAGAGUUUGAUGAAGUGCAAUGUUUAUGAAAAAGAAUAUUAUUAUAUGAAACAAAAUAUAAUAUAUAAAUUGUUGAGGGAUAGUGUAAAAUUAUUUGAUUUGGAAUUUAUUCUUGUAAAUAUUUCACUUGUUGCGAGGGCGCAAUGUCAUAUCGGCAGCUUAUCUUUAAAAGUUAUGAAUUCAAAAUUCAUUAUUUAUUUUGAUGUACUGUAAAUAUGCUAAAUCAAGAUUUAAUUAUCAUAUUUUUUUAUAAAAUAUCUGUAUAAUGAUGGAUUUAUCUACUUCAUCGCCUGAGAGUAUAAUCAAAAAUGCUAAAACUUUUAAAUGUUUGCUAUUUAAAAAGUUAAAUACACAUUUUAAAGUCAUGUAUUCCUGUAAAUAUUUUAUGAAUAUUCGGAUCCAUUUUAAUCCUGGUUCAAUGGUUAAUUUCUAAACAAUUAGAAAUAUGUUCAUAGUCCUCUGGCUUAUUAGCCCUAUAUAGAAAAAUGUUCUUUGGCAAAUUAUCAUUUAAGAAAUCCACUCUUCUGCCAUUAAAAUUGACCGAGUUAUGAAGCUUUAAAUUUUGGGGGGUAAUUCUUUCAGUAGGGCAUUUAUUGGCUGAAAGAAAGUAUAAUAUAAUUCUUUAACUCGUUUAAAGUUCUUUUUCAAUCAGAAAUACACGCCUAUCUCUAACGGUUUAAUAAUUAGCUGCUGAUCCAGAAUUCGAAUAGACAUCUUGCAUAAAUUCUGCAUAAGAAACAGAAGUCAAGAUUGUUUGUGAUAAAGAAUUUAAAGAGAGAGUGAAAGAGAAAAUUAAGAUAAUGAAGUCCAAAAUUAAUUUAAAUAAAUAAUCAUAAGAAAUUAUUUUCAUAAAGGAAAACAUGGAUAAGACAUAUAAAGACAAUUCUAAUAAAACAUAUUGCAAUUAUGAGUUGCAAUUUUUCUUUAUA